UGGGAAAGGCUGUUCCUUGUCAGACCGAUGGAAGUGAAUGCCUGGACGGAUGGCUCCAAUGGCCCUACCGAGAUGUGCGGGGUGAUUCCCGAGAUAAACGGUGGGUACACGAGCGGCAAGUCGGGAUGGGGUAUUCUGGGCAAGAAGGUGAGGGCGACCCCCCACUGGAGUCUGGGUACCGCGCUCACGACGGUUGAGCUGUGCUUGAGGGUAGGUAAAGGGAUGGCAUCGGAAGAAGAGGCUGAGGAACUGCGAAGCAAAGGAAGUCAGGGCACGGGUAGGGGUACGAAACCAAACGAAGCAUCAGUAAAGGAUCGAGAGUUGGCGAAACCAGAGGGAACCAGGGGAGAUGGGAAGGAUCUUUCGACAGGCGAAAGUUUGGGGAAAACCGGGGGUAGCAAAAGAGGACCUCAAGAAAAUAGGGAGGGAAGAGACAAUGGAAGAUCGAGUCCUCGAAACUCAGAAGAGACUACGCCCAAGAAAAUGAAGGUCUCGGACGCCCGCCGUAAGCUGGCAGAGAUAGAAAAAAGGACCGCAGAAUAUAAAGCAAGGCUCAUGGAGGAAAUGAUGGCUGGGAAUGAAAGGGACUCUCUGGGAGAAGGGUCGCGAGAGGAACGUAGGGCCAGCCAGGGCGAAAUCAGGCACGGAGGGAAGGAUAACAUCCAUAAGGGAACGCCCAACAAAAAAAGGAAGGAAAAGCGGGACGCUCCGACCGUGGAGGCAGAAAAGGCUACGAUCCCACCUGCUAUGGACAGCGGGGCUAGUCGCCUGCCCGCCAUACCAAAAGUAGCAAAGGGUUGUGACGGACUUUGGAGUCUUAGAGAAAGGGUGCUAGGAUGGUUCGACCCUGAGGGUAUGCCAAAGGCCGGGGAAAAGCAGGGGGAUAGCAAGGAAGGAGAAGGGACCAGCCCGGCUGGUGAAGCAGGUAGCUCUGAGGGAGGCCUUAAGAAAGUAGUAGCUACCCUCACCCGGGCUCUGAAUAAGAAUCAGGGGUAUCUGGCCGAUGCCAAGAAGAAACUCACUCUUGACGGGGCGAACAUUACGGAGUUCCUGAUAGACUAUGAAAACCUGGCAGCCUUGUUGAAAUGGAGUGAGGAAGAGAAGAUGGACCAUUUGGGGCAGCAAGUGCCACAGAGUCUGGGUAGAGACAUUAUGGUCAUUGUCGCCGCUAGUGGAUCUUGGAAGGAAACCAGGAAUGAGAUGAUGAGGAAGUACCUAAAGGCGGAGAAGAUGGCAACAGAAGCCGAGUUGGCGGCGGUCCAGAGGAAGAACUAUGCGACUUACAACGACUUCCUAAGGGCCUUUACUUUAGUUGCGUUACGAAUUCCCGGGGUAACAGACCGGAUAAUGAGUAAGUAUUUCCUCAGGCAGUUCUCCGAAUUCGACAAAGAUAAGAUUCUGUCAGCCUACCAGCAGACUAGCAAGUUCGAGUACACUAGGGAUGUGGACUUUAGCACGGUAACAGAUCUCGUAGAAAAGACAGUGGUGACCGAUACGUUAGCCCUGCUCAAGGAAGGGGAGGUUAUAGACUUGACUGGGGAUAAGGUCAAGAAGAGGAUAGAGAGCCUGCACAAACGAGUGCAUGGGGUUGACAACAAGAUGGAUAUAAUGGAAAAUGCGCUAUUAGUAAUGCAGGCGCAAGUGUCCCGACCCGCCCUCCCGCUCCAAGAGGCCGUAGUUCCGGCAGCCGUGGCGAGCCGAGGGUAUGGCAGAAGGGAUCCAGCCAAUGAGCAAUGCAGGUAUUGUACAAUGGUUGGACAUUUCGUGCGGACUUGCCCAAGACUCAACCAUGAUAUAAUGAGACAGAGAUGCAGCAGGUCCCUUAAGGGUGAGAUUCUCGGACCCCAGGGAGAGCGUGUCAUUUGGAAUUCGCCAGGAGGAAUGCGGAGUGUCGUCAUCAUCCUGAAUAACUUGGAUAUAGCUGCCAUAGAAGCCGAACCGGUAGCUGACAUUGUUUCGGAUCAGCGGAGGAGGCGAGAGCGAGACUAGGGCGGAUAGUCAGACUAGUGUAGCAUACAUAGUAUAUACGUCGGUAUAUAAGUGAUUCGUUAAGUAUAGAAAGGGGGCGCCUCGCGUGUGCGCUUUUGUUGCAAGAACCACCGGGAUGACGUCUUGGCGAAAUUCGAGGGGCCGAAAGGGUUUCGUAACUCUUAGGGGCCAAGGCGUGAUGAAAAAUUCAUAGGAAGUCGAGAUAAGGUAUCAACCAGCGGGCAACCGGAAUCAAGCAAAGCAUGGGUG